AUGGGGCCAAGUCCCUACGCUGGACGCGGCGGCGGCGAGGGAAGCAGCCGCCUUUCUCCCGGCGCCGCAGCUAGGAUCAGCCCGGCCGCUCGCGGUUCGACCCCUCGCGCGGGGCGCGGCGCUGGGAAGAGGCAGCCGCCGCCCCCGCCCUACGGCCAAGGUCGCGUCCGACCCCGGCCCUCCGCGGCCCGGAGCCCGCCGGCCGGGAUAACCGACGCUCCGAGGCGCCGGCAAAACCGCCUCGCCGGUCACAAGAGUUGCGCUGGCGACCCGUGGGGCUCCUCCGCUGGGAAUCUCCUGCUAAAGGCUGCAAGUCAAGGUGAUUCGAAGAAGGAGCCAAAGAGAAGAUCUGCCAGAUUGUCUGCCAUGCUUAUGCCCAUUACAUCAGAGGUGAGGCCCCAAAGAACAUCAACUCCAAGGAAAAUGAAGGCAGAAAGUGAUAUGAUGGAAGAAAAUGCAGAUACAAGUGCCAGAGCUGUUGCUGAAACCAAGCAAGAAGCAGUUGUUGAAGAAGACUGCAAUGAAAAUGCUAAAAAUGGAGGAGCCAAAAUUGUAGAGGAACCCACUUCUGAAAAAGAAAUUGUGGAAGUAAAAGAAGAAAAGAUUGAAGAUGCCACAGAAGAGGGAGGAGAAAAGAAAGAACCAGUGGCAGCAGAAGGAAAAAAUGAAAAAGAAGAUCAGAAAGGAGAUGAAGAAGAUCAAAACAAAGAAGAGAAAGGGGAAGAUGGAAAAGAAGACAAAGAUGAAAAAGGGAAAGAAGAUGGAAAAGAGGAUAAAAAUGGAAAUGAGAAAGGAGAUGAUGGAAAAGUGGAAGAUGCAAAAGAGAAAGGCGAUGGAAAAAUAGGUGAAGAUGGAAAAGGAAAUGGAGAAGAUGGAAAAGAGAAAGGAGAUGAAAAAGAGGAAGAAGAGGAAACAGGAGACGGGUAAGAGAAUGAAGAUGGAAAAGAGAAAGGAGACGAAAAAGAGGAGAAAGAAGUAAAAGUCAAAGAAGAUGAAAAAGAGAUAGAACAUGAAAAAGAUGAAGAUGGAAAUGAGGAAGAAGCUGAAAAAGAAAAAGAAGAUGAAAAGGAAGAGGAAGAAGGAAAAGAGGAAGAUGAGGUCAAAGAAGAAGAUGGAAAAGAAGAGGAGCCUCAGAGUAUUCUUUAAAACUGCCCUAUAUAGUUUCAUAAUUUGGUAACAUGUACCUUCAUGUUGUAAAGUGAAUAGAGAUAAAUAUUUUUAUCAAAAAUUUUAUAAGCAUAGUCUUUCUUUAGCAUUGAUUUAAUUUCAGAACAUCUUCAUGCUGAUUAUUAGCCAUAAACUUUCUAACAUAAAACAUUUAUCUAUAAAUUUUGUGAUUAUAGUAGUGGAAUAUAUAGAAAAAAUUAUGCUUUCAACUUUGCGAGUGAAUUUCGUGUUGUGUAAGUUAUGUGUCGGAUCUUUGAAUUUUAAUUUUACUCUUUUAUAUAUGUGAUAAUUUCACAAAGUGAGGAAUCCCAAAAGAAAAAGUUUCAUCCAACAUUCUUGUUCUCUAGGUUGCUUUUAUAAAGAAGGUGAAAUAUUUUCAGGUAAUGCUAAGAAUUAAACUUAUCUUUCCAAAUAGAACUUUAUUAUUAGCUUGGGAAAAAUGAAAUUGUAUUUCCAUUUUUAAAAUAAAUACAAAUGUUUAUUUCAGAAGGGCAGUUUUGAUUAUAUGUAAAUGCACAAAUUUUACUGGAUUUGUCUUAAUAAAAAGACUCU